CACACACACACAAAUAGUUAGCAUUGGCAUCUAAAUGUGAGCUGGUGCUUCACCAUCCACCAAAUGAAAACUUUUGAUUCCAUUUAUUUUGGGCCCUCUCAAUGAAACAUGGCACUGAGGGAAUCCUUUGACAGGUACAGUAUGUGGGUGAGGCAAGCAAAAGAAGAGCACAUCUGUCUUCACUUGGUUACAAUCCUGAAAGGCUUGCUAGCAGUAGGUGGGAUAAAAAGGGCCGAAGAAAGCACUGCAAGGAGGGGUCUGAAGCCUUUUCCUGACUCUACAUUUUGGUAUUCGCCCAAGCCAGAAAUGAGCUAUGGCUCGCAAGCUUGCUUUGGAGAGCAAGUAGUUUUGAUGGAAUUGCAAAACAGCACUUGUGCUAUUUGAAUUAGAGUGAACUACAGGAGAAAGUGUGCAUGUACAUAGCUCAUUCAUGCAGUAGCAAACCACGGUUUAGUUUAUGCCUGAACUAAACCAGAGUAGGCAAAUGGUGGCGGUGGUCUGUUCGAAGCUAUGAAACCUCAAUUAAAUUGUUUUCAUACGUGGUCUGCAGUUGGCACUGACUUCAGCCCCAGGCUAUACAUGAAAACAAAAAAUAAGCUUCUCUACACACUGGUUUUUAAAUUUUGCUGAUUUUGCCUGUAUAUUAUCGAUGGGUUUUUUUCUUUAUUUUUGUGUGCAUGAAACCGUUGACAAUUAUUCUCAUUUAGUCCUAACCCUUUAAGCCAGUGGUGGGGAGCUCAUGGACCUACAGAUAGGCUCCAUCUCCCAUCAGCCCAAGCCUGCAUGGCCAAUGGCCAAUGAUGAUGAGGGUUUUAUUUUCCUACCCUUACGAUAUACUAUUCACUAUGUCAUACUGAUCCCAGAUCUAGCUGUUCCUAACCUGAAGGUUUCUGAAUAAAUUGCAGCUGUGGGUGACUCUGGAUUCUUCCCAGCACUUCCCAACUGAUUGUAUCUACUGCAUCACAAUAGCACUUGCAUCACAAUGCUACACAGACCUUGAGUUCAUGGCCUCAGGCAAGGAUGCAAUUUUCUUUCAUCAUCCUGCAGAGGUGGGUGGUUUACACCAGUGUUUUCGUUUGGAUUGUUCAAGUGACCCACAGUUAAAAAUUCAUUUCCAAAACUAUAGGGCAGAGAGGUAAGAGAGUCUAUCCAUACACAACCUUGUAGAAUGAGGAAACAUGACUUGUGUCCUGCAGCUAGACAUAUUAUUAAAUUGUAUGAACUUUAGUGCUUAAGAAAAAUAAAGUGAUGCCAGGCUCCCAAGUCAGUCUGGAAACAGCACUUUCUGAUCUAGAGAUGCUGAUGUGCCAGGAUUCUGCACUUCCUCAGUGCUCAUAUAAAUGUGCUCAGCUUAUUCAAGGGCAUUUUUUUCCUUUUCAUGUAUCUCAUGAUUAAGCCCUGGCUUUGAAAACAAGGUGUCAGGGCUGAGCCCCAGUACAAAUUUAAUACAGAUUGCCUUCAUGAAAAAUUUAAUCCCCUCCCACAAACUAAGUUGGAGAAGCUAUGUCUGUAUUUGUUCUUUCCAGCGGUUGCACAUUAGAAGCAAAUGCUGCAUCAGCAAGGACUGUUAUUCUGGGACAAAUGGUUUUGUAUCGCAGAGCCAACCUGAAUUAGUUGGUUUCUGACAUCCUCUUAAAUUGCUUCUCUCCACACUGCAAACUCUGCCAAGAAGUGCAGCAGUGGCGCAAUUUCCUUCAUCUUUCAUAAGUGAAACGACACAACGUUCCUGUUCUUCCGUCACAAGAGACUUGUCCGAGUGGAACAAAAUUCUGCCCUGCACUCCCCCUCCCGUGAACCUUUAAAAUCAGUGUGGGGAGAAGUGCAGCUGCACUAGAACUCUGCACUAGAUACAACUUGAUGUGAUCAACUCCCCUCUCCCUGUAUUUUAUUCAAGUUGGUACCUUUCCUUGCACGUAAGCCAAAGUCUGUUUCUGCUCUGGAAAGGUAGGGAUGGUCACAUGGGGGAGGUUGUGGGGCUGCUCUGGCUAUACAUGAUUUUAGAUCCCCAGAAUGCAGCCUCAAUAUCGCCAGAGAUGUUUUGUCCCAUGCCUGUUUUUUAUUGCUACAGCUUGAAAUCAGAACCUUCUUUUCAAGCCAAAACUUUUUAAAAUUAUAGUAACAAGAUAUCAUGAUUUCAAGGUAUCAUUGAAGACUAUGGGCACUGCUAUUCAUUACUGAUAUCUCAAAUCAGCACUGGAAAAGGAAGCAAAAGGAAAUGCAGACCAUUAUAAAUGGAUUGUUUGGUGAGCAGAGCAUUAAUCCAAGGUUCUGCUGAUGCACACUGCAAAAUCCAGAGAUCUAUCAAAUGCUGCUUUUGAAUUCAAGCAAGCUGACUACUAUGUGCAAUAUUUUGCCUGUGCCCUUACAAGAUAGCUCACUCCAAUGGCUAUGAGUCAUAAUUGAGUCUGGCAGAUAAGUGUGGUAAAAAUAACUUCAUUAUGGAACUAAUAAAAAAAAAAAAAAUCCAAAGAAGCAGAAGACUCUGGCGGUGAUAGUGAACAGAACUUUAUUUAGAUCAAAAGGUUAAUUGGGGGGCUUAUAAGAAAAGAUGGCAAGCCAAUGGCACAGUUCUGUGUACGGCAUAUACCGUAUUUUUCGCUCUAUAACACGCACCCGACCAUAACACGCACGUAGUUUUUAGAGGAGGAAAAUCCGUAGGCAUGCCACCCGUAGGCAUUCCCCCCAUAACACGAACAGACAUUUCCCCUUACUUUUUAGGAGGAAAAAAGUGAGUGUUAUGGUGCAAAAAAUACGGUAAUCCAUUCCACCUCUAUAGCAAUAUAUAAUGGGUUGAAUAGCUAGCGAGAGAAAUAUAAUUUCUGUGAAACCUGCCCUAAUUUUUUUUAAAAAUGAAUGCAGUGCUGUCCUUACAUGAGCAGAACAGACUACUGCUUCCACCUCCCAGAGGAUUGGGAGACCUUCAGAGAAGGGUGCUUUCUUGGGGGGGGGCGGUUCACAGAGGGUUGAAAGGGGAGGUGAACACUGGGUUACAUUAAUAUAGACAUAAACAAACAUUUCCUUGUGGCUUACAAGAACAUACUGAAAACAAUGUAAUAAUUCAAAACCAACAAUAAGGCAGCAAAAAUCCCACUCAUAUACUCACAAACACACACACACACACACACACACAGAGAGAGAGAGAGAGAGGUGGCACAAAUUAUUUCUCAUGUUUGCAGACAAUCCUCCUAAGAGUUAUAUAUACUCCUAAAUGAUGGAAUGCACUAGUUUUAAAAAAGGAGUAUGUUGACCAAGCAAGUGGACAUCAUUUCAAGAUUUUAUGAAGUGUACCAAGAGCUUUUGGAUAAAACCUGCAAAGGUUCCAACCCAUCAUUUGUGUAUAAAUACCCACAAAUGACUUUUAUGAUCUCUUAAUUUGUAUAGCAUGACAUUUACUUGUACACAAUCGUUAUCGGUGCAUAGAAGUGUCACACUGAAAAUGACACUUGACUAGAGAGCAUGUAAAUCAACAAGUUCUUCUAGAAUUUACAGGAAAGGGGUAAAAGCUAAAUCAGAAAAUGUUGACGUGUGGCAUGAAGGGGAAAUGAAAGCUCUCAUGGCAUCGCUGACAAUUAUGAAGGCAACUGUUGAGCAUAACUGGCUGUCAGGAACAUGAAAAUGUUGGUAAAUAUAACAGCAGAUCUCAACAGCUCACACUGUGUGUGUGUUUGAUUGGAGUUGUCACUUUUAAACACCAUCCUGCUACAUGUUCCAAGGAUGACUGAAAUAACAAAACUUGAAAAUAUUUUGUAGACUAUGGGUUGGAUUCAGACCUGCUGUUCCACAAAUGGAAGGGCUCCUUCUGUUCGUGGAAGUAUGCUGGAUCCAAUGGAGGUUUCUACUCCAUGGGUGGAAAGAGAAGCCCAUUUUGCCAAUACACCGCUGCCCCAUUGUCACUUCCCAUUCUGUCUUAGGGCCACCAACCUUCCAAUGCUGGUUUUUGGGAGGCAUGGGAGGGAGAACCAACAAAAUAACUUCCUCCCUCUUCCAUGCAUCCAGUUUGGAAUGUUCCACUCCGACCAAUGACUACACUCCACACAGCAGUUAAGGUGCAUAUUAAGAACCAAAAUGUCACAUUAUUUAGUUGUCAACUGGGACUGUGUUUGUGAAAGACGGAACAGCAAUAUUGUGCCAUCUGUUAUUUAGAGCCAACAUAGGAAGAGCUUUUAUUUACUUAGGACAGAGACCUAGAAUUUUCUACAGCUUGGCCUCUGAUUCAUCUAAGACACAGAGGUUUAAACAUUUGCCUGUCUGGAGGAUGCUGUGGUGUGGCCAAAACAUAAUUUGCUGGUGCAGUUGACAGACAGCAUAAUCUAUAAUAUUUUCCAAAUGCUAGUGAGUCAACAUUUGUACAAGCCAGCCAUGACUCAUUCUUCCAAGUGAAAGCUUGUUACUGAUACGUUAAGAUAUAAAGUAAAUGGUUCUAGUAAUUUAUCCAAUUCCAAGGUCUAUAAACUCCAGAUCUUUUUAGAAACAUAUAAGGCAGCUGGUCAUAUCUUAAAAUAAUGGCUGGGAUCCAAAAAAUCUGGCCUUGAGACAGAUCAGGAGAUUUCCCCCUCUUGUACUAAGAUACAGCACCUAGCAUAGAAUAACAGUGGCAUGUUUCAAAUGUUCCUACAGGAAGAAAGCGGUCAGGGCUUGGAUACUGGCAGAAAUGUCAAAACCAGCCAAAUGCAUACCAGUGAAACAGACGGCAAUUUGAAACUUGGGCAAAAUGUAGUCUCUUUCUACUUGUUUUAUAAAGAAUAGUUACUACUUAGAGAUGAAUGUUUAUCAAAAAUUAUUUUCAGUCUUCACACGUGGGUACAAAACAUGUGAAGGGGCUUCUGAGAAAAUACCAGACUAGCUUCAUCCUCUAAAUAAGGAAUAGUCAAUGUGUUGCCUAGCAGAUGCUGUUGGACUACAGCUCCCAUCAUUCCAGUUCAUUGGUCAUAUGAGCUGGGGAUGAUGGGAGUUGUAGACUGAUAACAUAUUGAAGUCACGUGCUGGCUAUCGUUGCCCCACAGGUAUGCAACAGCUGAUAUGUCAUUGGCACCAGACUGAAGGGACCCUAUGGAUUUUAUGGGUACAGGUUCCCCUCACAUGUCAAUCAUGUGUCACUCAGAGGGCAUGGACAAAAUAUGUGUUACUGUCUAGGGGGCAGAGCUAGUUGCAGGAGUGUUAUUCAAAGCCCCUUCAUGAGGUCAGUGUCCCCCCCCCCCCAGUGCUAAGCAAUUGAAAUGGGGAAAGCUAUUCUGUACUUUUAAAAACUGGUGGUGAACUGGUGAAGUGUGAUGUCAAUUGAUCAUAUAUUGCAUUUAUGCUUAUUUAUGCAUUUAUUUCUAGGUUUAUGAAAUAAGAACACCAUCUAACCUACCUCCACAAAAGAGCUUUCUGUAAAAGUACCGUUUUAGAAGGUGAGUUUCUGGAAAAGAUGUUGAUUUUCGCUCAGAAUAUUAAUUUACCUAACCGAAAUAGUUCUUCCAACAGAUUUCCAAGUAUACUUGUAACUGUGACUUUACAUUUUGAAUAAAUACUGAAUUAGUAACAAGAGACCUUAACGUUCUCUACUCUUUUUUCCAGGGGUUGUAAUGGCAGGUACAGCAAUAAGACUGCGACAAUUUGUAGAUACAUCACCACAAAUGCCUCCAGGGUAAAGUAUCAAAAACAAAGCCCAGUUCCUUCAGAAACAGGUUCAAGAUUUCACAAAACAUUGCGCUAACCAAGCAAGUUCAAGCCUGUCUGACAAAUCCUUAUUAUAAAGGCUCAAGAACAGUAUUUGAGAACAUCUAAACUUUAAAAUUUGCAUUUCAUGUACUUUGAUAAUCUCUACUAUCAUCUGGCAAUCUGGAGAAAGUUUUAAUAAAAAAAACCCAGGCCUAAUUAAUUAAUGUAAAAAAAAUGAAAGCUCCAGAAGACAACAAAUGCAAAUUGAGUGACAUAUUUAAACAGUUCACUAAUAAUUAUUUGUAGAGAUUUAUAGAGUUUCAGGCAGCAAAUCUCAGCACAGAAUUUGAAUACUGAAUCCCAAUAAUGAUUUUCCCUUGCUUUUUCUAGGUAUAUUCUACAUCAGGGAAAGGAUGUCGUUGGUUACUAUCCAGGGCAAACGGCAAGGGUUCAUUAUGAAUAUCCUCCUGAAAGUGAGAGAAGGUAUGAAAUGUAUUUUGAACAGCUGCUCACCCCUUAGGAGGUGUUCUAAUUAAUUAAGGUAUGAGAAGUUGGCAGCAAUUGCACACCGAGACAGUUCUGCAUAUGGCCCUUUACUGCCUUAACAUUAGAAAUUUAUUGUGACAGGUAGGACACACAAAAGCUUUUUCCCGGGCCUGUCUUGCACUCUUCCCAUUUAUCAAACGCUGAAAAGGUCAACACUGAUAGAGCCUUUGUUACUCCCACCAUUCGGCUCUCAGGUGACUGGAACGCCUUAUUGAAAUACUCAAGAACCCCAUUAUUACCUGGGGAUGUCAUGCAUGUACACACCAUAGAAUGGUGAUGUGGAUGGAAAUACCUUGCCAGCACAACCACUAGAUCAACAUGAUGCAAGCAACAGUCCAACAUUUAGAGGACACCAUGUUGGCUGCCUGAUUAUUAUUAUUAUUUAUUGACCCUUGACAAUCUUUUCAGUAGUGGUUUUCCCACUUGCUGAAAGCCCUCCCUAGUAAAGUGCACCUGCUUCCGUCAUCAUAAACUUUCAGGAAGAAUUCGAAAACAGUCUCUCUUUAUCCAGGCAUUAGGUGGCUGAAGAAUACCGUUCCUGGCAAUUGCUGGAUGGAAUAAUGUUUCCAACUAUGGCUGCUUUUAGAAUGUUUUCUAAAUUGUGUAUCUGUUUGUGGCCCUGGGCUCCUUUGGGAGGGAGGUUAGGUUAUAAAUUCAAUAACAUAAUAAUAAUGCCUUUGCCUUUCACACAAAGAGAAAGUGUGUUUGAAGUAAGUACUCGGAAGUCCUAAGCCGUUAAUUUGGCAUAAACAGCGUCACUUCACACAUCUGAAUGUAACUUCCUCAAAAGUGCUCACAGAAAGCUUGGAAUUAGUUAGCAUCACCUGAAUGCAGAUUUGACGCUUCUGGUGUUGAGGAACAGACACUGACCCACAAAAGAAAUUUAAUGCACACACAUACAAACUACCAGAGUGCUAAAGAAGGGGAGGUGAAAGUUUGGGGAUGUUUAAAAUGGAUUGUAAAGCUUGGUCUAUUUGACUCAUCUAGCCAAUUUGUCACCCUAUCUUAAAAAGAAAAAUGAAUCCCCGAAGAGAGGAAAUGUGGACUAGUGGUUAAAGCAUAGGGUUUCCCCCUCCCAACCAGAUCAAUCUUGGUUUGAAUGUGCAUUAGCCCUACAUUACUCUCCAUUAGUUACUGUUAAUACUUUGAAUAUAAAUGUGGGCCUUUUGUACUCUCAUGUAAUUCUUAAUACAUAAGUAAAGGUUUCUCAUGAGGAUAUUUAAUUUAAAAAAAAAACCUCCAGCUAGUAUUGAAAGCUAUUUAUUAUAUGUUACAGUAAGCUUCCACAACAGAAUAAAAUCAAUGCAGUUUACUCUGCUGCAAGUGCAAAGUGCACAGCCUCAUUUGCACUACCUCAAGAACCCAAUAUUCAGUUGGCACAAACAAUAGCUUAUUAUGAGCCUGGCUGUAAGCUGCCAUGCUGCUAAUGCCUAUUACACUAUAGCUGGAUUAUAACUGAAUGGUCCAUUUUAAUAGGAUAUUAGAAUAAGUAUUUAGAUAUUUGGCUACUCUUACAGGCAGCUCAUGUUUUACCAAGCCAGGUGUCAACACAAGAUUACUGAAUUGUUUUAUCUUUUUCAUAAAGCCUUUAUAGAAAAAUGCAGGCAGUCCCAGUAAAACGUGAAACUGUACUUCAGCAUGACUAUGACUAUUUAGUUCUGAAGCAAUAUAUUCACUACCAGAGGACCAAGAAGAAAGUCAGUGACUGGUGUACAACAACAACAUACAGAGAAGCAUUCACAUUACCAUUUUACAAAUCAGGUGGGUAAAUUCUUAGCCAGAUAACAUACACAACCCAUGUUUAGGUUAGGAAAGCUCUUCCAUCUUAUAAAAAAAUAACUUUAUGUAUUGAUUUGCACAUUCACUUUCAUAUACUUUUUUUUUGCAAUAAAAAGGCCAACAGAAGCUUUUGACCUUACACAGAAGCAAAGCACAGUAGUAUCUUCCUUUUUAAGAAAUAAAUGUGGAAGGUAGCCAUUAGGCUGGCUUUAAAAAAAACCCUUCACUGUUAAACAUAUUUAUAUAAAUGUUGAUGUGUAUUACAUGCCUUCAUCACAGCUUGGAAGGGAGCUAAUCGUACUGUUUCCCACCUAGAGCAGAAGAGAAUAAAUGCAAGAAUAUAGCUAGAGGUUAGCCCAACAGUUUUCAUGAAAAUCAACAAUUGCAUUAAACAUUAACAAGCAUUUAACCAGUGAUUUGCAGGGCUUGAUUUCUUAAAAUGAAAAAAACAAAAAACCAGUUUUGAUAUUUUAAAAAUACAUGCGCAAUUGAAAUUAGUGCAAAAACGAAGACGAACUUCAAUCCUGCAAGCUCUGCGUAUCAGGUAAAAUUAUUAGCUCAUGGAUUAGCAGUCUACUAUGAGAUAAUCCCAAAGCUGGUAUUUUGGCAGAAAGCCCUUCUGCCCAACAAUUGCCUACAGAUUAAAAUAUCCUUCUUCGCCCUUUCCAGAAGGAUAAACUUCUCUGAAGUAUGCGAUGCUUGUCAUCCUCUGAGAGAGGAGAAUAUACAGGUCUGAAUUCAAAGAACUGUAAUGCUUCUGUGAACCCAUGGGGGUUUUGGACUUGCUUCUCACAAGAAGCAGAGCCUUAAACUACAGGGUAAAUCUCUUCAAACAAAGGACCAAGUCUAAUAUGGCACCAGGGGUCGAGGUGGGUGCCACACAAAGGGGGAAAGUCAAACCAAAGUUCUUUUUUAGAGGUCCGCAUGAGCUCUGCAUAGGUGUUCCAAGAAAUCGUGUGGCUUUAUAGCUGAACUGGUGGGCAACUAAAUUCAUUUUCUGCAACAGUGCUUGAUACAACUGUUAUUGUUUCAAUGUCUCUAGGUUAAGAUCAACAAUGGUCUAAUAGUCCAAGCUUUGUAGUUCUUCUUCCACCAUUGGGCUGAGAUUAAAUAAUGAUUUAUCAGUUCAGAAUAACCAGUCAAGUGGAUGUGGAGGAGGAAGAGCUAACACACAGUUCGGAUGAGUCAAAAGCUAGAAUGAGAAAUAAAAAUGCAACAGCCAUAGCAGGGCACCUUGGUUUUUUGUUUUUUUUAAUGUGAUCCACAGAGCCUUCAGAAAAAGGCACAUUGCUGAGGAACAGUUACAUGAAGUGUCUGGUAUAUGCUUUUUUAUGUGACUGGGGUGUGCGGGAUGGAAGUGUUAGAAGCUGCCAGUCAAUUAUCAACAGGUUUUGAAUUCAUUAAUUCCUUCUGAAUUCAAGCAGCAAGGCCAAUAAUGAUUUUAUGUUUAAAUUAUAGACAUUGCUGAGGAUUAUCAUCCAAAAACUGAUGCUGAAUCACAGUCUGUUUGGAAAAGUUUUUCUGCAAAGAAGAAAGACAAAACCAAACCUUCAUUUAUGGGAGUUUGAUAAAUUCUUUCAGCCAAGCUGUGUGUUUUUCUAAAACACACCCACCCACCGAAAAACAAGAUGGAAUAACCUUGCAAGACUGCCGCCCACAAAAGUACUAAAGACGACUUCUUAUACUAUAUGGAUAUUGUUGCAAUUUUAAUUAUGUUCUGAACUGCUUUGAACACUUCUGAAACUUGAUUUUAGAGUUGGAAAAGCUUGAUGGUAAUAGGUAUCAAAACGGGGGGGACACAUAUCUUUUUUGGGGGGAGGGCAGCUUUUCAGAGCUGCAACUGCAAAGCACAGGCAGAAGUUAAUCAGUGUUACAAAAGGCCUCUUCUCUCCCUCCCCCCCCCCACAAAAAAAUUGACCAUGGCUUCUUUGUCCCAGAAAGGCAGGAGUAAAAAGCAACAGGAGGUGUACUUAGAUCUUACUUAGAUCACUUCUGUCCCCUAUGCAUAUUUCCAGGGAACUUACAAGGACUAUAUUCACUUCUGAGUGCCCCUGCCCUGCAAUAGUGCACAAUGCAGGGCAAAAUAAAUCAUACUAGGACUUAAAUGGGGAAAGGAAUAGGAUUCCAUCCCCUCUUCUACCCUAUUAGAGCAAUACCGCUCUUCUUUCACCUUGCUCUGGAGAUGUGGAAGCAACCAGGAUGGUCAAGCUAGAGAGACCAGAAGCUUGAAUGAGAUUACUGUUUUGUAAAACUCUGCAAACUGCUUCCUCUUUACCCAUACUAGAAUGUUUAACACUAGAAAGAUGUGAGAUGCAGGGUAUCAUAUAUAGACCUAUCCCAAUUUUUGCAAUAUAGGAACACCCACAGGUCACGGGAAGAAGCAACCGUUCAAAGCUGUAAGGAAAAGGUGAGGGAUUGAUAUAAUGUUGUUUUAGGGCUUGAAUGAAUGAUGGAGUGUUGUCUACGAAAGCUCGUGCUAUAAUAUAUGUCUUGUCGUUUAAGGUGUAUAAGACUUUGCUGCUGCAAAAACACAAAACAAUACCUACCCCCUGGGAAUUUUAAAAGAUUAGUUCGCAGACAUGACAGUUAUUUGUGAUUUCAAAGGGGUUCUAUCAGAGCAUGCUGAAUAUUUUUCCUGUGUGCAGAAGCAUGUGUGUUGCUAAGGGGUGUGUGGAAAGAAUCACUUUAUUUUUUAGUUAACACAGAACUAUGCACCAGUGCAUAGGUAGAUAGAAAAGCAUACCUAGCAAACUGGAAAUGGCAAAUUGAGCAGAUUUAUUAUGUGUUAUCCCUGCUACCAGAACAGGUAAUUGUGAAUAAAAUGUUAAAAGGCAGAGACAAAAGAAAGCAGGCAAGAGGGGAGGGGGAAUGUGUAUUCUAUGGGCUGGAUCCUAAAUUAGUUUUCUGUAAAUAGGAGGCCUCCCAUUGGUGGAAGGAGACUGUUUUUGCAGAUUCCUUGCUUCCCCUCUUCUGGAGCACCCCCUCCCAAACACUUCAGAGCAGACUUUCAAAGGAGCUGCAGGGGAAAGCAAAAAUCAGUGAAAUUCACUUCUCAUCCCUCACUUUUGCCAGAAGAAUCAAUGCCCUGUAAAUUUUGAAAAUUCAGAACAUAUCACUGCUAAUCCAGUAAGAAGGCCAGUUUUAAAGAUAGAGCCCAAAAUUUGAGAGAAAUAUUUGGAUAGGGAGAAUUUUAAAAGUAUCCAUAACCAAAGC